AAAAGUAGAAGCAGACAAAUUUUUAAAUAUAAUUUUUUUGUUCCGACGUAUGAACAUACAUCAUAAAGUUUGUUUUCAUUUUGGAAUUCUCGUUACAUAUUCAUGGGCAUCCAAUAUCCGUAGUUUUUAUCUGAAACAUCUAUAAUCAGCGUGUAUUUUAAGUCCACUUCUAGACGUUUGGUUUUUUUAUCGAACGUGUGUAAUUGAGAUAACCACCCGUUUUUUUUUUUCCUGACCCUCAGCGUCACCCAACAUCAUAUCUCUAUGCCCGGCAUUCAUCUCUCCAUUCGAACGAGUUUCAAAAUUGUGUAGCUUUGAAAACUAGUGGCAGGGAGGGGGGCGAUUUGAGAGGCACCUGCUUAAAGCGGUGGCGUCUGAAAGCUUCGGUAUUCAGCGAUUCCACCGAUUUAACUUUCAAGGCUUCCAGGUUCUUCCAGCAGCAGCACCGGCAGUUGAGACGACAUUUCUAACCAGCAGCUGCCUCCAUGGCGGGUCAUUUUGUUCGACGCGAUAGGCAACUGUCGGCGAUACACAUGCGCGAUUUUUGAUUUUCAAUAGGGGGAAAAAAAAAAAUCUGAUAAAAUAUAUGAAAUAUAUCAUGUACUACGGAUAACAUGCGCGCGUCUGGGUAGAACAAUGUAAAUCCCAACGAUGUAAGGAGGAAAAAGAAUAGAAAGUCAUUUGCACACGUGCAUGGACGAAGAUGAUGUUUUUUUUAUUUGUUUUUCGUCUCCUCAUUUUCUUAAUCUUGACGCAGGUCUGCCGAUGAGAAAGCAAAAAGUUACAGCGGUUCACAUUCCGAUGGUAGAGAAACGAAUUUCCGCGUUAAUUUCAUUGUCGUUGGCAUUUGAAAGAUGAAAAAUGCGAAUACUGGUUGACGAAGAGAAGACGAACGGUUUUCGUAAGACUCGUGUCUCAAUAUAACAUUCCAUGGAAUUACGUACACGUUUGUCCUAGAUUUUAGCAAGUACCGUCGCAUGGCUGGACGGCCGACCGCAUGGGUCUCUGGCUGGCUCGCUCCAUAAAACUAUACAACACGUCAUUUGAGUCAGUAUAAUAUGAAAUCUCAUCGUGAACCGAUGGAAUCUGUAGUUGAACGUAUGCGCCAGUCAUCGAAUUGAAUCGUGCAACUCGUUUAUUAUGAUAAUCAAUAAUAUAACAGAUGUAGUUCGUUUUGUGUGCUUUAAUAUAUUGUGUUCAGUUGUCAUCCUCGUUGUUCUAGUAAAUUUGAACCCGAAUAUUAGCGUUUUGUGUUUGUCCGUCGGAGAGGAGGAGAUCAGACCUUCAUUUAUGGCGAUUGGUGGUAAUGAGCAGAGAACGGAACGCCGAGAGAUACAAUUUAAAAAUUAUUCCACUCGGUACUCGAUUCUCGGACCGAACGCUCUUGCGAGAUCGGCUUUCUUGGAGAGGCAGGAAAGAUUGCAGAAAAAUUGUGACGCAAUUUAUCAAAUCAAUGAAAACAACGGACACAAAAACUAUGCUCACGUUUCUAUCGAACCUGAUAUGUUUCGUCACUUCAUCGUCGACGAUCAGCACAAAUUAUUGUACUGCUACGUCCCAAAAGUCGCUUGUACGAAUUGGAAGCGAGUAUUGAUGACUGCGAUGGGUAAAUGGAAAGGCGAGGACCCUUUGGAGAUCCCAGCAACUUUGGCACAUUCCGCAACGGUUUUCAGAAGGUUAUCAAAUCUUGGAGUGGACGAGAUAUUCGAUAAAUUAUCAUCGUAUGAUAGAUUGAUCGUCGUGCGUCACCCUUUCGAACGUUUGCUCUCGGCUUACCGUAACAAACUUGAGGCAAAACACAACAGUUCGAUGUAUUUCCAGGAAAGAUUUGGUAAAAAAAUAAUAAAAAAAUAUCGUGAAAACGCGACGCAAGAAGCUCUUGAAAAAGGUGAUGAUGUAACGUUUAGUGAAUUCGUGGACUUUGUUACCGAUGGUGAAGGAGAGAAUGGAACUAGAAACGAACAUUGGAGACCGAUAACGGAACUCUGUCAUCCUUGUGUUGCUAAUUACAACAUGAUCAGUAAAUAUGAAAGUCUCGUCGAAGACGCAACAGAGGUUUUAGAAAGAAUUGGCGUCCCCUGGGUCAGGUUUCCAAGCGGUCCACAAAGUACGCAACCAACAUCCAAGAGGCUAACAAGAUAUUACUCGACUCUGAGUUUUAAACAGCUCCAAAAACUUGCAAAUCUUUACCGACUAGACUUCAAAAUAUUCGAUUACUCACUCGAAGAGAUACUCGGAUUUUCUAUAGCGUAACCAUCGCCGAGUCUAGCUUUACCAAUUAUCACUCAUAAUUCUUCUCAGAUAAAUUGACUACAUUUUUCAUAAUACGCAUAAACUCAUUAUGCGACGUGUACUUGUGCCACUUCUUACACGAGGUGACCACGAAAAAGCAAAAUAGAACGAUCAGGGAACAAUUAUACUUAUUUUAUAAUUACUUGAAUUUAUAGCAACGCGUGUACAUUCGAAAAAAAAAAUUGUAUAAUAUUUCUUAUGCUGUGCAUAAUUCUCUACAACGAACAUUAAGUAUAUGUAUAAAUUUACUCGUGUGAAAGAUAAGCGUUGAGCGCUUUCGUUUCCGGUAUGUAGACGUGGCGUUGACUCGCUGCUGCGAAUCGUGAUAAGGAAAAUAUGUGCAAAGUUCGUAAAAAUGACCAUGACAGUUAUGACAAAAUUAAUUCACUCGCGCUUUUAGCAUACGCAUGAAAUUCAAUAGAUUUGUAAAAAUAUAAUUAAAACGAUAAAAAAGAAAGAUAAACCAAAUAAGUAGGCAACCAACCGGCUAGUGAAUGGAUUUUGGGGGCUCCUGGAACAGAAAUCCAUACGUAAUGUGCUCCACGAGUCGCAAUUAGAUUUCUAAGACAGUCAUCUAUAGAUAUAGUGUAAAAAUUUUUGUAGAAAGUUCUUUAACGUGUCGUAUCGAAAAAGAAAUCGCGAACGUUUCAUGCCAUUAAUUAUUUUUUGUUCUCGUAUAUAAUCUUCGGGGUCAAUACUGUGAUUUCGAAUUGUAUGUAUGCGCAAUGUACCUACAUUAUAAAUUAUAUUUAUAAUCCUUUGUAGAUAAGUAUGUUAUUAAUAAUACUCUCAAGUGAAGAACUGCAGUUCCCCUUGAGUUGCGCAAGGUAUACCAGUUAGUACCUAGUACGUUUAACUUUUUUUUUUUCAUUGUGUCCUCAGUUUGUAUAUUUAUUGUACAUAAUUUCCUCCCGUGAAUAGAGAGAGUCCAUGUCUUUAUGUAAACGGAGCUACUUAUACACUCACAACUGCGAUAUCUGAGGACGAUUGUUUUACGGAUAAGACGAUCGUUGUCGUGCCGUGUGAUUUUCUCAAUUAAUUAUUCAAAAAUUGUCGGUAAAUUUCGGGUUUGAAAUAUUGAGACACGACGAGGUCGCCAAUUUUCACACAAAAGAUUUUGGAGAAAAAAUAGUAUAAUGUAAAAUAUACGCAUCGCGGAUACGAAAUAUAACCAUCGUUACAUACCUAUAUCCACAUAUACCGAACAUACAUAAUAUUCUAUUUUUGAAAUUAUAACGACCACUACCGCCACCGCGAUCUGAAUAUUUGCCAAUAAUAAUUUGACCGAUGAUACUCCGAAUUACGUGAACUAACCAUCGUACAUACGGGUUUAUUAAAUUUUUGAGACGUGGUGGCUCAAAUUUUGAGCAACAAACAAAAAACCGAACAAACUACAAAACCAAAGUGCAAUAAUGACAGCAAAGAUUAUUCCUAUGUAAGUGCAAAGUUUUUUUAAAACGAUAGCCAUACCAUGACAAUAAUUUCAAUCAAACGAGUUCAUUCUAUUGAUUAUUUAGAUAAGAAAAUUGAAGAAAUCAAAAUAAACUGUAACUAUUGUCAAUAAAUUAUAAUAAAGACAUAAUAUCUCGCAUAAUAUACAUUAAAAAAUUCAAAACUCACAAAUGGUUGGACCGAAAAUUUGAAAGAAAUCACAAAAGUGUUUUGAACCAAGAGCUAUCAUUAAGAAAAUUACUGGAAAAAUCGAGGAUGGGUGACGUUUUUUCGUUCUUCGAAAUGACGUGGAAUUCCCCACAUAUAUGCAUUAUACUCUACAUACCUCACUGCGCGACUAAUGGACGAGGUAUUUGUAGUAUCAAAGCGUAUCACAAGGUUUCAAACAUAGAAGUUUUUUUGUAAUCUUAUCUGGAUUAAAACAUUUCCAACAAAGUAGAUCAGUCACGUAUCGACAAAACUCAAAACGACCGUCACCUACACUGACGAUGAAAAGGAAAUACGAUACGAUACGAUCAGAUACAACAAUCGCGAAUUCAUUUCGGCUUUGAAACAUUCAGGAAAAUAAUUUAAAUGAAUGUUCAGUCAAUCCCCUCCAGCCCACGACAUGCUUCGCGUAUAGUCAAAGCAUUUAUAAUACAUACUAUAAUAUAUGUAUAUCACCCUGUGGCUGGGUUUUAUUGACCGUGAAAAUAAUAUCGGAAUACUACCGAAAUACAUAAUUAUGUACCGAUCAUCUGAUAUAUGUAUGCAAAAAGUAUAUGCAUUUCUGCGAAAGUUUCCUCCCACGAUUUCGAUUACUCUACAGAUUCACUUAUUAUUAUUUUUUCAAUAGGUGAAGCUUUAAUCAAUUGAAACAAAAUCGUCACCUAAAUUCUGCUAUUUUCUUCUGUAAUUAUGAUCAAAAAAUUCAUAAAUUAAAAUCCAAAUUGUUACAGUCAGCUGAGAAUGAUGUCCUAAUAUUUAACAAAAAAUGUAUGUAAAUACCUAGGUACAUACCCAAGUAUACCUAUUUUUAUCGGAUCGACAUAUGCUGCAGUAAAAUUGGAAUCGAGAGAAAAGAAACGACGUAAUGACACCGAGACGUAUGAAUAGUUUUUUUUUUUUUUUUUGUAAUUUUUUUUUUCGUAGUAAUUUUGUUCGGUGGGUGCGUCCAUCCGUUCGUUCAUCUAUUCGUUUCUCACAUCUAUCUUCUUCUGUGUCUUUUUUUUUUCUCGUCUUCUCCUCAUAUUUUAAAAAGGGCGGCACUCAAAUAUUUGGUACAACCAUGUACAAUUAACAGACGUUGGAGUAUUAUAAAAAAAAGUACGACAAUUAUACAAAAUUUGUUUCAAUUUCUCGUUUGUUACCCCAUAAACAAGUCUCUUUCAUUCAUAAGUAAUUAUCUCGUUAUAGAGAUUAUUCAUUCUGGUCCGUCGAUUAUUUCGAUUUUUCUUUUUUCGUUCCCUCUCCUAUAUUGUUUGCGAAUUCUUGAACAUUUUUCACAAAGUGGAAAAAAUAUAUGGUAUGUCUUCCCUAUAUACACACAUACGCGUAUGAUAUAUUCUUGGCAGGAUAUGCUAAAUACAAAUGUAUAUUUAUUUAUAAACAUUUAACGAGUAGAGUUUUAUAAAAGUAUAUUGUUAGAAUUUAUAGGGGAGCUGGAAAUAAAAUAGUCGACGAUCUUCGCCGUGAAAUUUUUCAGCUCAUUUAUAUGAUUGUAAGUAGAGUCACAUUAUAAAAUGAUAGAACAUCUGUACACAUAUAUCAUUGCUAAUAAUUUGGAAAAAUAAUUUGUGAUCACACGAAAGAGAAAUGUAUACCAAAGAAGGAAGUAAGUGUGUGAAAAAUGUUGAAAACAAAUUAGCAGUAAAAAUUGAGAUCGCAAAGUCGAGUCAUCGGUUGUUUUUGGGGUAACGUACACACAUAGGUAUGUAUACAUCUGUUUGUCAUGCAGGAUAUGUAUAAGUAUAUGAUAUCUAUGUAUUCAUAUCUUAUGUGUACGUAUAUUAUACAAGCAUCUCGCGUAUAUUUUUACAACGAUCAUUUUCAGCACAUGUAAAAACAAACGAAGAUCGCUGCAGAUCCCCUGGAAAAAAGGUAUCCAAAUUUAUCUCCGAGGUAUAGAGUGAACCGCGAAGUGAAACGUGAGAGAAAAAUUGAACAAAAAACAAAUAAUGAAACCAAAUGAAAUAACGCGCCCCUGAUGGCACGGAUAGAAAAGGACAAAGAAGUGUUCGGAAAAAAAAAUUCGAAAAUCGAAAAUACGUAGAUACGUAUGUAAAGAGAGUGUUACAAUUUGGAUGAAUAUUAUUCGUGUGUAUCACUAAAAACACGUGUCGCCAAUAACCGCGAAGUUUUCGACAAAUCAUCGUAUAUGCCGUCAAAUCUGUACAGCUAUCACAAAGCAAAAAGAAUUCGGGCGGCUCAUUCAGCUCAUCAUAAAUUCUCGAUUUUAGACCAAGGCGGACUAUUAUUACUUUUCGGCUCGCCGGAAAAAAGACAAAUUCUUUUGAAUUUCCAGAUUCCUAAUCAACCAGCGAAUUUUCAUUCAUUUGACUCGCAUGCGACGUUUUGUUCAAAAUAAGCAAAUAAAUUAAACGAACUUGUAAUUUUUUUCUCUAUUUUAAAUUUAAAAUAUAUCUAGGUACUCGCUGGUUAAAAUAAUUUCCUAUUGGUAAAUAUCAGAGUAAUGCAUAGUUGUGUAACAAAUUGAUGUACAUAAUUAUACCGUGUAUGGUAUUCAGAGUGGGGCAUUUAAAGUGUUACACCUGUAUCUCUCGUCAGCCAGUCGUUUUUUCUAAGGGCAAAGGUAACAGCAAUGCUCAUUUCUCAUUUGGUGGAUAGGUUCAAUGUUAUUUAAAGGUCAACGUUGUUUUUUCAAAUGGAAUGACAUUUUUUUUUUCUCCAAAAUCUGAAAAAGGGUCAAAUUGUGCACCAAAAAGUAUGCACCCUUAUGUGGUCUAAAGUCGAUGUGUACCGAGGUAGAACCAAGUACCCAUCAACUUCAGGCCAUAUCUCUGUGAAUACUUUUUCGUGCAGAAUUGGACCCUCGCUCAGAUUUUGGAGAAAAAAAUCUGUCAUUCCAUUUGAAAAACCGACACUGACCUUCGAAUAACAUUGAAUGGAUCCGCCAAAUGAAAAUAAGCAAUGCUGUUACAUUUCCCCUUUGAAGCCAAAUAUCAUUCGAAUAAACAAUAUUUUCGAAAAACGUCUAGCCGGCGAUAUAUUCGGGUGUAUCGCUUCAAAUGCCUCGCCUCGUAUAUCCGUACGAUACAUUAUGGGGUGCGAUAUGGGUUAACCCAGCGGAUGUGCAAUUUCUGUACAUUUAUAUGUACGGUGAUAAUAAUAAUGAUUAUGAUAUUUUGGAGAGAAGCUUUCGGAAGGGAAGGAGAAGUGACGUCAUUCACGCAUCAUUGCAGGUAGUGGGGAUCCAGUUCCUGUAGGAGCUGUCGAGUCGAAUAUUCGUAGCUUUUCAAGUCCGUCCAAGCAAUCGGCUGUUAGUUCCGUUUGAACUCCGCAUCAAGCUGCGAGCAAACUUCAGAAAAGAAACAAAAAGAAAUACUGUCGUUUUUUUCUUUCUUUUAUCUUUAUUUCCAAAAUCUCAACCUCCUCAAUACAGUACCUGUAUAUAUAUAUCCUAAUUGCGUACGGCGAUAUUAUCAUCAGGACCCUUGACUGCUGCAACUCGAAAAAUCGAAUAAAAUAUUAUCAAAUAAUAAUCACACGAAAAAUACGGAAGCAAUCGAACGAUUUCUCGAAUCCUCGAAGAAUAAACCACCCCUUUAUCCCCGCUUCAAAGAAAAAAAAACAUCAUUAGACAAAAUGCCGCCAGUUUCAGAAACCAGCAAUAUUCUUACGACGUAUUUGAUCCUCAUACUUUUACUCAUCUCGUUAUGGAUUCUCUACGCAGGCGUUUUCUAGGAUGAUGUAGACAUUCCUACACGGAUGUAAUUGGGUUGAGAAUUCAAGCAUGGCGGGCCAACGACAUUUCAGGGAGGCUAUUGGCCAACUAAAACAUCGCCAGCGUCACCGCUACCAUCCGCAACAUCACUAACAUCAUCGUUAUAUUAUAUCAUAAUAUUCUAGACGAUGAUUGAUUUAUUACAUCAUUAUUAUUGUUAUCAUUAUUAUUAUCAUUACAAUCAUAAACGUCUCAUUGUUAACGUUAUUAUUUAAUUAUAUUCUCAUUGCAAUCUUCAUACACAUAUUGAAAUUAUGUAAUUAUAAAAACGGAAUGAAAAAAUUGGUAAAAUAUUGUCCGCAGCUACAAUUUAUACUUUUAAGUAUGUGCACUUCAAAAUGUAUGAUACUGAACACAUAUAUAUGUAAAUAUAUACAUAAUCAUAUUUAUAUGUAAAUAUGUAGGUAUAUAUAUAUAUAAUAUUGACCCGAAACUAAAAAUAUGACUCAAGUAUGUUGAGCCCUGGGGUUUUAUUUUUAUAUGUAUUACGUAGGUAUACCUAUUGCCUAUAUGUACAAUGUGUUGUCUAUGUAUAUCCUAUGUAUGUAUCGUAUAUACUUACCUAUUUGUAUGGCCCAUAUCACCCCCGUACCUAUACCUAUAUCUAUAUCAUUCAUCUCAUAAAUGAUCAAUUUUAUUUAUUUAAUUAUUUAACAAAAAAAAUUUUCAAUUACCGAUAUCUUCAUAUAAAAGUUGGAUAAGAAGAAAUGAAGACCAAAGAAGUAAAAGAAGAAGAAAAAAAAUACGAAAGAAUGUUAUUCGAAUGUUUUUUUUUUUUAAUUUAUUUAAGGAGAAUUAGCAGUUUUCAAAAAUAUUAUUGUAUUCUGUUCUUCAGUUUUGAGUCAUUUUUUUUUUUAACUCAAUUUCCGUACUUUCAAUUCACGCAUACACAUACGUAUAGUGCGCGGUUAGAUUUCGUUCGAUGAUUGCUCAUUUUGCGGUUCUCCAGCUGGUGGCCUUCUUUCGGGCGAGAAUAUCUCCUGUACAUAUAAUUUUAGGUGUAUAAGUAUAUUAGGAUAGCUAUAUGUAGAUUGUGCUCCCAAUAUUUCAGCCGAAAAUAGACCCUGUUUACGACUCCGGGUUGAUCACUGUCAUUAUACAUACACAUAUAUAUGACUAUGUGAUCCGGAGUGAUCUUAGAGUAUUUUUGGAGAUUUUGAUGCCGAAAAUAAAGGAGAUAUGUUACUCAUGUUAUUAUAUUA